GCCCCCACCUGCCCGGCGCCAUGAACCGCAGCAGUAUCAGCAGCACAGCUGAGAAGGCAGUGAGGACGCUGCUCUGGGGCUGUGAGCUCAAUCAGGAGAAGCGAACUUGGACCUGGAAGCCCCAGGUGGAGGGGAAGGAGAGCUGCAGACUGUGGCUCAACACGGUCGCCAUGGCGGAUCUGGAGCUGUCUCCUUCCAUCACGUUCCAGCUGCGGGCUGGCUCAGGCCCCGUGUUCAUCAGUGGUAAGGAAUGUUACGAAACUUUAGACCCAGCCUGGGAAGAGGAAGAAGAGGGAGAGGAGGAGGAGGUGGAGGAGGAGGAAGACGAGGACUAUGACGACGAAGAGGAGGAGGCGGACAUCUCCCUAGAGGAGAGCCCUGUCAAACCAGCCAAGAGGCAGGCGCCUCUGAAGCAGUCGAGUGUUGCUAAGAAGAAAAAGCUGGCGAAAGAGGAGGAGGCAGUGAGGUCCAGUCUCAGGGAAAAGAGCCCAGGGCACAAGGCCAAGUCCACGCCGCGACCCAAGAAGCCGGCAUCCAAGAAGUGAGGAGCCUGCAGCGGCCAGCGCCCGGCACCUGCGUCGGGGUGCCACGGGUUCAGGGGCCCCUGAAGAGGAGGGGGCACAAUAAAGUUUCAC